GAUCCAUCGGAUGGAUGCCCCCGGUUGACCAAGACGACCCGUUCCUUCCUAUUUAGACACUAUCGGUAGGGUUGCGCGGGGCGAGAUAGAGCGCACCACCACCACAGAUUUCAAUCCAAUCUCUCCAUCACUUUUCCUUGGCCGCAUUCCCUGUUCCUCCUUCCCUAGCCCCCACCCCUCGCUGUAAUGAACCACAUUACAAACCUCCUCCACCACCACCAUCUCCACCUCCACCACCACGAGAACCAGCGGCGGCAGCAGAAGGCCGGAAUGACCACCGCGGCGGGGGAGGAGCGGGAGCCGACGUGGGCGGAGCUGCUGGGGAGCGGGGACUGGGAGGGCCUGCUGGAGCCCCUCGACAUGGGGCUCCGGCGGCUGAUCCUCCGGUGCGGCGACUUCAUACAGGCCACCUACGACACCUUCAUCAACGACGAGAACUCCAAGUACUGCGGCUGCAGCCGCUACGGCAAGGCCGACUUCUUCCAGAAGGUCAUGAUGGAGAACGGAUCCGACUACGAGGUCGUGGCCUUCCUCUACGGGACGGCACGGGUCAGCUCCAAGGAGUACUUCCUGUUCCACUCGCAGUCACGGGAGGCGUGGGACCGCGAGUCCAACUGGAUCGGCUACAUCGCCGUGACCACCGACGAGGUCAGCGCGCAACUGGGUCGCCGCGAAAUCUACAUCGCAUGGCGAGGCACGACGCGGAACUACGAGUGGAUCAACAUCCUCGGCGCCAAGCGCAAGUCCAUCGAGUCGCUCCUCAGCACGAACGGCGAGGGCGAACAUGAGCCCGGAGAAGAGGAGGCCAGGAACGACUCCAGCAGCAGCGACGACGAUGACCGCGACGACGAGAAAGUCCCGAAAGUCAUGCUGGGUUGGUACACCAUCUACACGACGGACGACCCGAAGUCGCCCUUCACGAAGCUGAGCGCGAGGACGCAGCUCUUGACCAAGAUCAACGAGCUGCGAGAGAAGUACAAGGGCGAGGAUCUGAGCAUCACCCUCACCGGCCACAGCCUCGGCGCGAGCCUGUCCAUCCUGAGCGGGUUCGACAUCGUCGAGAACGGGGUCCGGGACAUCCCCGUCUCGGCCUUCGUCUUCGGGUCCCCCCAGGUGGGGAACAAGGCCUUCGCCGAGCGGUGCAAGAGCUACCCGAACCUCAAGUUCCUGCACAUCAGGAACACCAUAGACCUCAUCCCGCACUACCCGAGCAAGCUCCUGGGGUACGUCUACUCGGGGGUCGAGCUCGAGAUCGACACCCGGAAGUCGCCGAACCUGAAGGACUCCAAGAACCCGAGCGACUGGCACAACCUGCAGGCGAUGCUGCACAUCGUGGCGGGCUGGAACGGCGAGGACGGCGAGUUCGAGCUCAAGGUGAAGCGGAGCUUGGCCUUGGUGAACAAGUCGUGCGACUUCCUAAAGCCCGAGUGCCUGGUACCCCCGUCGUGGUGGGUGGAGAAGAACAAGGGGAUGGUGCUCGACGAGGACGGCGAGUGGGUGAUGGGGUCGCUGGCCGACGAGGACCUGCCCGUCCCCGAGUUUUGACCAGCGGCCGGCAGGCCAGCAGUCAUUGUUAGCUAAUUCUAUUGAAGUCUUGAAAAGUUGUUCACUACCCAUGUCCUAUAUCGUGUGUCGAUUUGGAUGUUUGAUUAAAUUAUAAUGAUUUCGAUGUGGCAUGAUAAAUCUAUGGUAUUUUUUGUUUGUUGA